AUGGAGCAGCAGCGCCUCUUUGCCUGGAGCGAGACGUCUGGCCUGCUUGACCUGGAUGCGAAGAACCAGGACAAGAUUCUCAACUCCAACGUCUUCAACUUGCACCGCCAGACGGUACUUGACCUUCUCGUGCAGAUUCGAUGUCUCUUUGAUGAGUUUACAGAAUAUCAGCGGAAACACAACAAUCUCUGCACCGUCGAGGAUCAUGAUGGCAUCUUGGGAGCCCCUGAGAAGGACGCCAAGUUGGCAAACUAUCCCAUGACAGAGAGGAAGCGAGACUUUAUCAAGAAGGCCAUGCUUGGGCUCAAGACCAAGUCGGUUGAGGGCAUCACUAGGCUACGCUGGACGUCGUUUGACAAGACUGGGUUUGAGAGGCUGCUUGCCAAGUUUUCCAUCCUUAAUGAUAACAUGACCGAUCUCCUUGACCACUCCCUCCAGGUCGAGAUCAGGAACACUGUACAGGACACCAACAGGGGUGUCUUGCUCCUGCACCACAAGAUCGCCGACCUGAGCCAUCUCGUGCUGGCCCUCAAGUCCCAACUCGAUGCUGGCAGUCCCGGUGGCCCAUCUUCCAUGUCCAAGAUGGAGCGAGAAGCCAACGCUGAUGCACUGAGGCAGUUGUCAAGACUGGCCAAGUUCAAGGCCUUUAAUGAGACCAUUGACCCAAAGUCUGAAGGUCCCGCUGUCAUCGAUGAAGCCGCUGCAAAGUUCCUCGAGCUUGCAAAGCCUGGCCAUCAGCGCAACCUCUUCGUACCUCGUUACCUCGUCGAGGUAGAACCCGAAGUUGACGAAUCGGACGAGCCAAGAUGCGAAGCUCUCAUGAAGACAGCAGAGGGGAAGAAGAAGGUCUGGAUCGAGUGGAAAGAUUACGAUAAUGCAGGACCCCGGCCAGGAUCUCUAUCCAAGGCAGACAUCAUCGAGAGAGUUCGGAAACUUGCUGCGCUGUUGAAUCACAGUCCAAAACCUGAAGCCUUUCGCACUCCCCACUGCUUAGGCUUUUUCGACAAAGCCGAUCCCAACAUGCCCGAAGAUGAUGUUGAUAUUCUGGACCGCCGACUGGGUCUCAUCUUUGAGCGUCCAUCUGACGAUAACCUCGACACCACACGUCCCCCAGUCUCGCUGCGUGAACUUCUCCAAGAUCCAAAGAUACGCAAACCUCGGGUUACUGAACGAGUCCGUCUCGCACACGCCAUCAGUAACUGUCUCCUCUACCUGCACGCCGUACACUGGCUGCACAAGGGUCUCCGAAGCCACAACGUGCUCUUCUUCCUCACGCGGGAUGGCCACGUGGAAUACCGCCAACCAUACCUUUCGGGCUUUGACUUCUCUCGCCCUGGUGGCUCUGACGAGAUGACAGAUGCCCCGGGAGAUGAUGCGGAGCAUGAUCUGUACCGACAUCCCAACGCCCAGUCGAACCGCCGACGGGAGAGGGAGCGUUCCAAGAAGAGCUUCGAUAUUUACAGCCUAGGCGUCAUUCUUGUCGAGCUCGCGCAUUGGCGACCCAUCGAAGAGGUGCUAGGCAUCGAUAUGCGACGUGCACGAGGUCGCCCUGAUGUAGUGCGAAAAGUGCGGGAUGCUCUUCUGGCUGAAGAUAGAGUCGCAGCUGUGGGCGCCGACAUGGGUGAGAGAUUUGAGGAUGCGACUCGAAGGUGUCUGGCUGGUGGAGAAGAGCUGGGACUGCGAGAUGGCGAUGACGAGACCGAGGACGAUGUUGCUGAACGCCUGUCAAUCAAGUUCUAUAAGGAGGUUGUGAAGCGAUUAGAGGACGUGGUUGUAUGA